GCAUAUAUAGGUGCACAUCAGUUGCCUUUUGUUUCUAUGAGUCGACAAAUCUUACAGCAAUCAAUCAUGAGCAAAGCAUCUCUUUCACUUUCAAGAAAAAUCACCGAUGAGCUUGAGCCACCGCCCCCUCCGCCGCCCCCUCCACCUUCACCAAUGCUAGUUCCUAAAUUUAUCGAUUUCGGAGAAUUGAAACAAGCGCUUUUGCCAUGCCAGGCUAUUAGAUUCAUGAAAAAAUUAUACGAGGAUGAGGAAGAUGUUCCAAAAUGGAAGUACAGAUUGACAGAAAACGACACUACUCUGAUGGUCUGGUCGAAAUCCGGCUACUGGCAUCGCGAUUGUCGAUCAUUGCUCGAUAACGACCUUUGCGACUAUAGUGCAUUGGUGAUGCAAAGAGUUUCGGAUUUACAGGUAGUAGAGCUGGCUAAGUUGUAGCAUGAACUCCGCGGUUCGAAGUGCUUGAGAACGUAAUAACGCAGACAGAAGCUAGCCUUGUACUCUAAAGGGAAAAUAAAG